AUGUGUAGUGUAGUAGAAAAAAGAGUCAUAGAUACCAUAAUAGAUAGUGGUCCUCAACCAGCUGGAGAUUUAGACAAGCAUCUUGUUUUAGGUCUAUAUCGUAAAGGAUUAAUAUAUCUUGAUGUACCUAUAUCUGAUGAGGAUUGUAUUAGUGUUCCACCACUAGAAGGUUUUGUAAUGAAUCGUGUAUUGGGAGACUAUAUUGAAACAUUACUGUACAAAAUAUUUGUUUCCAUUGAUGAACAUACUUCUGUGGCUGAGUUAUCAUCAGUUUUACAAAUUGAUCUACAAUUAGUCAAGAACGCUGUGUCCAUGUAUUGUCGACUAGGUUUUGCUAAAAAGAAAGGUGUUGAAUUAACAGAUGAUUUGCACCCCACUUGGCUACAUGUUCAAACCAAACAUACAAAACCUUUAGAUGUUAAAAAAAAUCGAGAAGAGAAGUUAUUAAUAGAUUUAAGCAGUGCCUUGAAUGUAGACUUGGGUGACCAGCCUGAAGCUACUCCACACAAUAGUAAUAAUAAUUCUGAACAAGAAACAGCUGCAAUGGCCUUAGAGUUGGAUGUAGUGGGUACUACUAGUGGUGGAAGUAAAAGAAUAGCUUUCCUGUUUGAUUCAACUUUAACAGCUUUUUUAAUGAUGGGAAACCUCUCACCAGGUUUAAAAAGUCAUGCAGUAACAAUGUUUGAAGUUGGUAAAUUAAGUGAUGAAUCCAUGGACAGUUUCCUAUCAGAAUUAGAAAAGGUUGGAUCUGAUGCUGAAGGAGAAGCUAGAAGAUAUUUUGAUCAUGCCUUAACAUUACGUGAUACAAUACGUUUUUUACGUCACAAUAAAAUGCUAUGUGCUGAUUUAGACAACACUACUAAUAGUGGUUUGGGAAUAGAUUUAAUUCGUUGUGAAAGUAUGUUAAGUUUAGAUCCAGCCACCAGAUCUAGAGUCUUUAAUAAGAACUACAGUUUAUUAGUGUCUAUGGCACCACUAAGUAAUGAGAUACGUCCAGUGAGUAGUUCUAUACCACCUCAUAUAGGACCUGCUAUUCCAGAGAAUUAUGAAAGAUUACUGGUGACAACAUGGGGUCACGACCCUGGUGUAAUAUCAACAAGUAAUAUCUUAUUAACUUUAAAUGAUGCCCUCUCACAUUCUGCAGUCUUUGUUCAGGGUCAUGGGUACCAAGAAGAUGGAGAAAUAGUGCAAGUACCAUUCCCAUUUACUAAAACUGAUACAGGACCAUUUAGUCAAGGUCACCACCAAUCGCACAAAACCAUUCAACAAUUAACAACAUUGUUAGAUUUAGUUUACUCUUGUGGUUACAUUACAUUAUUAACCACAGGUCAUAGUUCAAAAGGACAAAGGUCAAAUAAUGACAAUGGAACUCAUUCAAACAUUGACCAAUUUGUAAUGAGUACAUCAUGCGAUCAAGAUAAACCAUCCAAUGGGAUUAAAGACGCUGAAUCUGCUCAAGUUUUAGCUUCAGAACUUGAUUCAUUGGACUUGGACACUACCUCCCCUGAAUCGAAAACAAAAGAAAAUUUAACUUUAGAUUUAGAUAGUGAUCGAAGUAAAAAGUCCUGUGAAUAUUUAGAGGAAAGUGAGUGGCUGAUAUUAGAUUGUGUGUUUGGAAUACCAUUGUUUGAUACCAAGUUAAAUAAUGAAGUUUGUCAGCGUGUUUCUAAUAAUGGACUCUUUAAAAAAGAUAGUUUAGAAAAGUUACUAGAAUCAAGUCGAUUGAUUUCUUUGAAGUUGUUGGAUUUUAUAGCUCAGUGGCAGGAUGAAAGUAUAGUACAUGAGCUCGAGUCUUCUGGUGUACCUCAAGAUAAAGAUGAACAUUGCUCUCUCUAUCCUACUUUUAAUCUGUUAUAUAGUGAUGGUCAUUUACAACACUGGAUGGGACAUUGA